AUGCGCGUCGCAAGGCAUUUCAUUGACACUGUCAUCCUAUUGGAGAUAUGGGAUUGUCCAGGAAACGUCACCGUCGACACACCCGGUCUAUCUCUCGCCGAUGUCUCAACUAUAGUCUUUGUCAUACACAUUCGAGGUCUCUACCAACAUCCCAUCUCAAAGCUCGUAGAGUUCAGUCGAUGUGUACCAAAUCAACCCAUACAUAAAUUUUAA